AAACCCCUUCAUGCCAUUGUCUCUCCCUCUCUCCUCUCUUCUCUGCCACUUCGCCGUCCGCGGGUCAAAUAAUACCUUCUGUUGAGAUACCCGUUCUGUUCUAAAAUCUAUUCAUCACACCAAAAUAGUUAGUCGAAUCCUCGUCUCCUCACACCACCACAACCGCCACCUUACUCUUCAAAGCUUCUACUUCCUGUUUACUUUCAUUCAAGUCAUACAGGAUUUCGCUGCAAGGAAAGAACGAAGUGGAUAGCGAACGGCUUGUUUUUGAUAUCUGGCCGCACCUCUCUCCUUUCGUCUUCCUAUCCCUCGGCUUUCCUUGGUCGAUUUCAUAAGCAUAUUUUAGAACUUGCGCCAACAUGGUGAAGGAAACCAAGUUCUAUGAUAUUCUAGGGGUCUCCCCCAACGCCACUGAUGCGGAACUAAAAACCGCUUAUAAGAAGGGUGCUUUGAAACAUCAUCCUGACAAGAACGCCCAUAAUCCCGAGGCCGCAGAGAAGUUCAAAGCCCUCUCUCACGCCUAUGAAGUUCUCUCCGAUUCCCAGAAACGGCAGAUUUAUGACCAAUAUGGCGAAGAAGGCUUGGAGCAAGGCGGUGCCGGAGGGGGAAUGCAGGCGGAAGACCUCUUCGCCCAGUUCUUUGGUGGAAGCGCCUUUGGUGGCAUGUUUGGUGGUGGGAUGAGAGACACAGGCCCGAAGAAGGCGCGCACCAUUGUCCACCCUCUGAAAGUCUCACUGGAGGAUAUCUACCGGGGCAAGGUCUCGAAAUUGGCUCUGAAGAAAUCUGUGAUUUGCCCAGGAUGUGAUGGAAUUGGUGGUAAGCCAGGAUCCGUCAAGCAGUGUGUUUCUUGCGGUGGCACGGGUAAAAGGACCAUGAUGCGCCAGAUGGGGCCUAUGAUUCAACGUUUUGUCGUGGAGUGUUCGGACUGCGAUAGGACAGGACAGGUCAUCAACGAACGUGAUCGCUGCAAGAAAUGCAAGGGCAACAAAGUCAUUGUUGAGAGAAAAGUAUUGCACGUGCAUGUAGACCGGGGUGUUAAGCCGGGGCACAAGAUUGAUUUCCGAGGGGAGGGCGACCAGGCGCCAGGUGUUAUAACGGGUGAUGUUCAGUUCGAAAUAGAUCAGCAACCACAUCCAAGAUUCCAGCGGAAGGAUGACGACCUCUUCUACCAGGCUGAAAUCGACCUCCUAACCGCUCUUGCUGGCGGUACAAUCAAUGUCGAGCAUCUGGACGACCGAUGGUUAACAGUACAAAUUGCACCUGGCGAACCAAUCACGCCUGGACAAAUCAAGGUUAUCAAGGGCCAGGGAAUGCCCUCUUUCCGCCACCACGAUUUCGGCAACCUCUAUAUUCAAUUCAAUGUCAAGUUCCCCGAUGCGAAAGAGAUUCGUGAUGUUGAACUUCUGGAACAGGUGCUGCCACCUCGUCUCCCACAACCACAGCCUCCUGCCGACUCCAUGGUAGAAGAUUUCCACCUCGAGGAUAUUGAGGAUAGUGGCCAGGCGAGAGCACAGGGAGCCGCACACAUGGGUGAUGAGGAAGAUGAUGAAAUGCCACCCGGCGCUGAGCGGAUGCAGUGCGCGUCCCAGUAA